CGGGAGACGACGUCGAAGAAAAUCCAUGCAGCAUCUGCGAAUACGAAUCGGAGACUCAUGGGCGACGAGCUCUUGACCCUGAUAGAACCAGGAGAGCCAAAUCCAAAACGAUUGGAGAGCGUUGAUAUUUUUCCUGGUGGAUUUGGCACCAGCUCCAAAGAAGAAGAACAGCUCCUGCGCAGCAACUACGUGCCCGUCUUGAGUGGAGCAAGUGCUUGGAACCACGACAGACCAGGAAUAAAGUGCGACUUCUCAACAUUUGAAGACGAGGAUCAUCAAGGGGGCC